AUUCUCCUUAGCUUAAAGUUCAAGAUUAGCUCACUGUGAAUUCAAGAUCUCUGGCGCAUGUGUACUUUGUUUCCUAAACUGUAAAUGAUUGAUCGUAUUACGCACUGAGCUUCUGUCUCGAAGCUCUCAGAGAUGAAUGAGUCCACAGAGAAGACGCAAGAUGCCUCGGGAGCAGCUGAACACUCUCUGCUUUAAAAUGAGAGAAGGAUUGCCUAAAUGGAGAGAUGUUUUCACAUGGCAGCUGUUGAAGAUUCUGCUGAUGGGACAAGGCCUCUCAGCUCUGAUCUGUGGCACUGCUGUAACAUCACAGUAUCUGGCAUCCGUUUACUAUCUGAAUACCCCUAUGCUGCAGAGCUUUAUUAACUACACACUCCUGGGCAUCACUUACACCAUGGCACUUAUCUUCAGAAGAGGUGAUGGAAAUAUUUUGCAGAUAUUAAAGACAAAAUGGUGGAAGUAUCUAUUGUUGGCGGUGGCAGAUGUGGAGGCAAAUUAUGCAGUGGUGAAAGCAUACCAGUACACCACAUUAACCAGCAUACAGCUGCUGGACUGCUUUAUUAUCCCAGUUUUAAUGAUCUUGUCCUGGUUCUUCCUGAAGACCCGCUACAGGAUCAUUCAUUAUGCAGCUGUAGGCAUCUGUCUGGCCGGGGUGGGAGCCAUGGUGGGAGCAGACAUCCUCGCUGGACAAGACCAGGGAUCAUCCAGUGACGUGCUCCUGGGUGAUGGUCUGGUUUUAGUUAGUGCCACUCUGUAUGCCAUCUCUAAUGUGUGCCAGGAAUACACAGUGAAGAAUCUGAGCCGGGUGGAGUUUCUGGGGAUGGUUGGCCUCUUUGGGUCUAUUAUCAGCGCAAUCCAACUAGGGAUUCUAGAACAUAAAGAAGUGGCUAACAUUCAGUGGACAUGGGAAAAGGCUCUUCUCUUGUCUGGAUAUGCGCUCUGUAUGUACGGCUUCUAUAGCUUCAUGCCUGUGGUGAUAAAAAGGAGCAGUGCCACAGCGGUUAACCUUUCCUUACUCACCGGAGACCUCUUCAGCCUGUUCUUUGGGCUCUUUUUGUUCCAUUAUAACUUCUCAGGCUUGUACAUCGUGUCGUUGGUGGGAAUCCUCAUUGGGUUCAUCAUGUUUAACACCGUUCCGACGUUAAGCAGACUUUCUGACCCGCUGUCUGAUGAAGAAGGUGUUGACAAUCACACAGCGGACACUGACAACAACAGUAUUGAAGGCUGUGAGGGAGAGAUCAGCUGUGCACAUGCAGAGCAGAGAGAAACACCACCAGCAUGUGCCGUCAUAAACAGUGUCAAACUCUAGUCUCCAUCAAUUCUGUUCACUUUUCAUAGUUUUUAAUAUAAUGUUAUGUUAACAUCAAACAAGUGACAUUGCACACUGAGUGCAAGUAAAUGUUUAGAAAAGCGAUCACCAGUACUGGCCUGGAGGGCCAGUGUCCCUGCAGGGUUUAGCUCUAACUUGCCUCAAACACACCUGCCUGGGUGUUUCAAGUAUACCUAGUAAUAGCUUGAUUAGCAUUGUCAGGUGUGUUUAAUUAGGGUUGGCGAUAAAAUCUGCAGGACACCGGCCCUCCAGGAACAAGUUUGGUGACCACUGGUUUAGAUCAUGACCCCAUACAUUUUUUGAUCAUAUAUUUUGUGUUUAAUCAUAUACUGCAUUGCCAUAUUCACUGUAAAAUAUCUGCUAGUUAACAGGUUACUUUCACAUGGUGUUUUCUGUUUUUUUACAGUUCUGAAUUGCAUUAUGGGAUCUGGAUCAUGCUCUGUCAAAUUUUAAAUAUUGAAAAUUCAACACUGCAGAUGAACAAGUUUGAGACAAUAUAUUAUUUAAGAAAUAAUACAGAGAGAAUUGAGAUAUUUAAAAUAACUAAUAAAGUAUGGGCAGUUUGUUACCAGGUUUUUGUAGCGUAAUCCUGGGCCUAUCACUUCAAACCUUUCAACAUCAAAAGCCUUAGGAGGAAAA